AUGUGGAUUGGUAGAAAAGUGGAUGGAGGCCACAGGGCUGUCAUCUUUGAACAGGUUCAACGGCGUAUCAAGCAAGGAGUGGUGGGAGAGGGAAUCACACUUUUUUAUUACCCUGGGUUGCAGAGACCCCUCAUAUUUGAUGUUCGUCGAUCACGCCCAAGAAACGUUCCUGUCAUAACUGGAAGCAAAGACCUCCAAAACGUAAACAUUACCUUGAGAAUACUGUUCCGCCCAGUGCCCGAACAGUUACCGAAGAUAUACACAAUCCUGGGAGUUGACUACGAUGAGAGAGUCUUACCCUCCAUCACGACUGAAGUGUUAAAGGCAGUUGUGGCCCAGUUCGAUGCUGGAGAGCUGAUCACCCAAAGAGAGUCAGUGUCGCAACAAGUCAGUAAGAGUUUGGUCGACAGAGCUGCACAAUUCGGAGUGAUACUGGAUGAUAUUUCUAUUACUCACUUAACUUUUGGAAAGGAGUUCACUCAAGCUGUUGAGUUGAAACAGGUAGCACAGCAGGAGGCUGAGAGAGCGAAGUUUCUUGUUGAGAAGGCUGAACAACAGAAGAUAGCUGCUAUCAUCUCGGCAGAGGGAGAUGCAACAGCAGCCUCACUGCUAGCCAAGUCGUUCGGUGAUGCGGGUGAGGGGCUGGUGGAGCUCAGGCGGAUAGAAGCUGCCGAGGAUAUUGCAUACCAGCUGUCACGUUCACGCCAGGUGUCCUAUCUCCCGCCUGGCCAGAACGUGUUGCUUAAUCUUCCGGCCCAGUAGGGGCUUUCAGACUGACAGUUGUUGCGCAUUUCUUUUGUUACUUUAUAUUCUGUUAUCAUUGAUCUGUUCAUCCAAAUUCUAAUUUUCUUUGGAUUUCCUCCAGGAGUUCUUUAAAUUGAUUAAUUAGUUAAAAAUUUCCCGGUGCCAUUUUUUUCCACAUUCAUUCCCUUAAAAAUGUUUGUUGGGUUUUUUGAUAGUAUGUAUCUGAAUUAUUGUUAUUUGUAUUAAUUCCGGGUAGACUUUUGUAGUAUUAUUAAAAAAAAUACUAUUGUA